AUGGCUCGGACACUUGGCGUACAACAAAAACUACAAUCAUUCGUAAACAGAUGCCUGCGCAAUUUCCUAAACAUAAGGUGGCCAGAGGUCAUCUCUAAUGAGGACCUUCGGAAAAGAACAAAACAAACACCGGUCGGAGAAGACAUCAAGAAGAGAAAAUGGGGGUGGAUUGGUCAUACAAUGCGUAAAGCUCCAGCAAACGUCAAUCGGCAGGAAUUGGACUGGAACCCCCAAGGAAGAAGGAAAGUUGACAGACCAAGACAGACCUGGAGAAAGAGCACAGAUGCUGAAAUGAAGGCAGCCGGUAUGAAAUGGGCCGAGCUGAAGAGGGUCUCUCAAAACUGUGUCCGUUGA